UUGAUAAAGAUUAUGAAAAAAGAAGAAGAAAACAUCAAAGAAGUCAACGGAGAGUACAAGAAUUCUUUGAAAAUAAUCUAAAAAAUGAGAUUAAUUUUAAAGCAUUAGAAGAUUUUCCCAAUUGGCUCAAAUGCUUUAGAUUACAUAAAUGGGCCCCAUGUUUUGAAGGGAUGAAAUGGCAAGAGAUUAUCGAAUUAAAUGAAAAAGACUUGGUUAAAUUAGGUGUUUCUAAAAGUUAUGUUAGAUUUAUGUUAUUAAAGGAUUUUCAAAAGAUUAAAGCUGCUUUGUCCAAAAAAAAAGCUUCAGCCUCUGAUAAAUGUUGA